CGAACGCGCGCGAUGCCCGCGUCCGCGCGUCGCGCGCCCUCGACGCGCGCGCGCGGGUCGUCGCGCGGCGUCGCCGAACGCGCGACGACGACGCGCGCCGCGUCAUCCGAAAAGGCUCGCGCGCGCGACGCGCCGACGACGACGCACUACGAGUUCGGCGGACCGAUCGGCGCGCUCGCGAUCACGGUCGCGCUGCCGCUGGUGUGCUACUUUCUCGCGUACGCGUGCAACGAGGAUGGGUGCGCGGAGGUUUCGAAGCUCGCGCGAGGCGGCGCGUUCCCGGGGUUCCCGAAGCACAUGCCGCUGUGGAGCGUCGACGGCGCCGUCGCCGCGUACGGAUGGAUGGCGUUCACGGUCGUCGCGCACGCGGUGAUUCCGGGGCAGAAGAAACAGGGCGUCGCGUUGCCGGACGGAACGCGGCUGACGUACAAGCUCAACGGGUUUCGCGUCUUGGCGGCCACCGCGGUCGCGGGCGCGAUCGGUACCAAGGCGGGUUGGUUCGAUUUGGCGUCCGUGCACGAUAACUUUUUGUCGAUGCUCACGGCCAUGGUGGUGUUGGCGUACGCGCUGUCGGCGUAUUUGUACGCGAGCUCGUUUGCGAAAGGGAAGACGCUCGCGAAGGGCGGAAACAGCGGCAACGCGGCGUACGACUUUUUCAUAGGGCGUGAGCUGAAUCCGAGGAUCUUGAACGGAGCGUUUGACUUGAAGGUUUUCUGUGAACUCACGCCCGGUUUGAUCGGAUGGUUGCUGUUGGAUUUAGGUUUCGCCGCGAAGCAGUACGCGCGCGUCGGCGCCGUCUCCGCGCCGAUGAUUAUGGUGUGCGUGUUUCAAGGGGCGUACGUCAUCGACGCGCUGUGGAACGAACCGGCAAUCUUGACCACGAUGGACAUCACCACCGACGGGUUCGGUUUCAUGCUCGCUUUUGGAGAUUUGGUGUGGGUGCCAUUCACGUACUCGUUGCAGUGCCGGUACAUUCUCGAACACGCCGUCGAGCUCUCCAACGCUCACCUCGUCGCCAUCUUUGCCGUGCAGUGCGUCGGCUACUGGGUGUUUCGCGGCGCGAAUUCUCAAAAGAACCUGUUUCGGACCAACCCCAACGACCCUAGAGUGAAGCAUCUGAAGACGUUGCAAACCAAGCGAGGCACGAAGCUCAUCGUCAGCGGUUGGUGGGGCGUCUGCCGCCACGUCAAUUACCUCGGCGAUUGGAUUAUGGCGUGGGCGUGGUGCUUACCGUGUGGUUUCUCUCACCUCGUCCCUUACUUUUACGUCAUAUACUUUGGCAUUCUAUUGGUACAUAGAGACGGUCGCGAUGGCGAAGCGUGCGAGGAAAAAUACGGAGACGACUGGAAAAAGUACUGCGCCAUCGUCAAGUAUCGUCUGAUCCCUUACAUUUAUUAACUCGUCCUCCACCGUCACGUAGUCAAUCUU